AUGGCGUAUCAGUUAGCGACUGAUCGUAUUGGUGAUUCUCAAUGGGCUAGGAAUCAACCUCGCACCGAUGGCCUUACUGAGUGUGCAGUCGCAUUACGAAACCAACUGGCAUCUGUUUCAUCAAACAAUGCUCUGGAGUUCCUGGCAAAUGUCCGCAAGGUACGCGAACCAUUUUUUUUCUGCAUAACAAUAAGUGUUGUUGGAGCAACCCGUAAUAUUUCUGAGAAUCGCUUUCCCUCUGCUGUUCGCUAUCAUUGCGCUUUACAGAUUGCCCGUGAAAUUGAUGUCGAAGCUAAUGUAGUUUCCGAAGAGCUGGCUAUUAUCGAAGAGUCUUAUCCACAGAUUCUGUCCAGUCUUAGAAGAUUUAAAAGAGAUCUGUUGUUAUUGAAAGAAGAGACUUGUGCGCUACGCAAUCAGUAUGAGAACUUCGUCAGUACGUUCAUGGAUUUGAUGCAGAAGAGCUGCCCUACGCUAGUACCACAACUUCAAGCUCUUUCAAGAAAGCAGGCUCUAUUGCGAAGGCUGAAAUGGGCUAAUCGUGGGAGAGAUCUUUUAUCUCUCUGCCGAAAUAAGAUGAAGAGCAGUCAUUGUGAUUGGACUCGUCUUUCGGAACACUUUCAGAAUGCCUGCAAGCACAUGCAAGAGCGUGUUGAGUUCACAGACAAUUCCUAUACGACAUUCGCUGAUGGUCUAAAAGCGCUGGCACUGGAGCUGAACGAGUUUGCUCGGAAGGGGCUGAACGAAGUGCUGUGCGCAAUAAAAUAUCCUUUUGAAGACUCAACAGAUACUCAAGCAUAUGCAAACGAAAUCACAGCUGUUGCCAGUAUUCUUUAUUUGAUAUACUUGAUCGAAGAGUAUAUACAAAAAGGAACGGGAUGUGAUGAGAUUUAUCGAGCGCUUCUCGAUCCCAUUGGUUUGAGAUUCACAUAUCACUUUUGUGGAGACCGAAAGACAAAUGACGUGUGGAAACCUCAAUGGUAUUUGAGUCAGACUUUGAAUUGGAUCCAUGUUAACCUGGGCUUUUUCGUCGCGACGAUUAGUGGUGCCACCAAACAGUCGGUGAGCACCAAUAUGUUG